UGUUCCUGCCCAGGCAGGGGUGUCACCUCGGAAAAUCCCUUGGCGGCCGAUGUGGAAAUCCCCACUAUGGAACUUCGAGGGGGGGAGGGGAGGGGAGACUUGGCAUUUUCCUCCUUACUAACGGAAGAAAAAACAGGUAGUCCGGAUCCGAUCGACACAGAAUCUCUUCGCAACUCUUGGCAAACGUGUUGGCAGAGCAAGAGGAGGAGCCGAGUUGGUUGAGCCAGGGAAGCCCUUAAUCCUAAAGCGCUUGAAGGAGGACGGGAUUGGGAUUCAUGGGUCCCCAAAUUGCAUCGCCCAACGCCUGACUGGUUUAUAUUGAGGAGGAUUAGUAUUGCAGGGUCUUUCUUCCGAGCGAUCCAGGUUUCUUCUUACAGAAUGGCUGGAUCACAGAUCAUUCCUCAAGCUUUAUAUUUGAGCAACAUGCUGAAAGCUGUGAAGAUAAGAGAACUGAUGUCUGAAGACCUUGUCAAAUGCAACAAUGGAAUUAUUCAGCAUUUUAAAACUAUGCACAGAUACACCAUAGAGAUGUUCAGGAUGUGCCAUUUUUGCCCGCCUUUUCAGAAGCUUCUUCAAAAAUCUCUAAUUGACCAAGCAACCCAAAACUCACUGGAACGCCCAAAGAAGUUAAACUGGUGUCGAGAAGUUAAAAAACUUAUGCCACUGAAGACCAAUGGAGAUGGAAAUUGUCUCAUGCACGCUGCUUCCCAGUAUAUGUGGGGUGUCCAAGAUGUCGAUCUGCUUCUGAGAAAAACAUUGUUUACUGUACUUAAAGAAGGUGAUGCACGCAAUUUUAAACUGCGCUGGCAGCGAGAAACACUUAAAUCACAGGAAUUUGUGGCAACAGGACUCUGCUACGAUACCAGGAACUGGGAUGAUGAAUGGGACAAUCUUAUUAAAAUGGCAUCUGCGGAAACAUCAGUUGCACACACAGGUCUUCAGUAUACCUCUCUGGAAGAAAUCCAUAUAUUUGUCCUUGCUAACAUCUUAAGGCGCCCCAUCAUAGUUGUUGCAGAUAAAAUGCUCAGAAGUUUGCAGUCAGGUUCCAGCUUUUCCCCUCUAAACGUUGGUGGAAUUUAUCUGCCUCUCCAUUGGUCAGCAGACGACUGUUACCGAUAUCCUAUCAUUCUUGCUUACGACAGUAUGCACUUCACUCCUUUGGUUGUUCUGAAGGAUAGUGGGCCAGAAAUCAGGGCAGUUCCUUUGGUCAGUUGUGAAAGAGGAAGAUUUGAAGACUUGAAAGUGCAUUUUUUAACUGACACUGAAGAAAGAGAGAAAGAAAAACUGAUAAGAGACUAUCUCAUGGUGAUUGAAAUUCCUGUACAAGGAUGGAACCCAGGGACAACACAUCUCAUUAAUGCUGCAAAGUUGGAUGAAGGUAACUUGCCCAAAGAGAUUAAUCUGGUGGAAGAUUACUUUCAGCUUGUGCAACAUGAAUACAAGAGGUGGAAAGAAAACAGUGAAAUUAUUGGGAAGGAAACGGGUGUGAGGAACAGACUGGAGUUGCAGUUAUCCCAGCUAUCGCUUAUGGAGGCAAAAUGUGAAACACCCAACUGCCCUUUCUACAUGUCCGUGAAUACCCAGCCAUUCUGCCAUGAGUGCUCUGAACAGAGACAAAAGGCAAAUUUGGUAAAGAGGCAGCACUUCUGGUCAGGCUCAGAGAAGCCCCGAGUAAAUAGGUCCAGUUACCCAAAGGAUGAAUGCCACAAUCCUCCUGCCCGGACUUCUGAAAAUUCCAGCACAGAACCUCGUUCUGCGCCUCCCACAGCUCCAAGUCUUUUUCUCUACAGUGAAACAACUGCUAUGAAAUGCAGGACCCCAGACUGUCCUUUUACACUGAAUGUGCAGUAUAAUGGGCUUUGCGAACGCUGCUACAACUGUGCAGUGGUCAAUCCUUGCAAUAUCCCAAGUGACCCACAGCAUUCAUAUUGUAUGACUUGCACAUCCUGCCUCAAGGACACCAACAGAACCUUCAAUGGGAUGUGUAGCACUUGCUUCAAACGGACUAGAGACCAUUCCUCAAACGCCGGCUCCAUCACUAUGCCUUCAACCCAUCAGAGGUCCAGUUCUGAUCCUAUUCCUAUAUCACAAAGUUUUUUGCAACAUGCCUGUCAUACCGUAACCAACACCAAUAAGGUGGAAGCGCCACCGUCCCAAAGAACAGAACCAAGGAUGAGAAACAGUAAAUGCAGGAAGCCUGGCUGUAAUUUUUUUGGGACUCUCCAGAAUGAAGGCUUUUGUACCCUGUGUUACUUUGAGUAUCAAGAAAAUAGAGAGGCUCCCCUGCUUCAUCAGCGAAGGUCUCCUAUGAGUUCUCCUGUUUUGGAGUAUCCUGGAAUCUCAGCUGCUGUCUAUCAGAAUGCCGUUUCCUGCCCGGGCCGAGAAUGUGGCACAAUAGGGAGCACCAUGCUUGAGGGAUACUGCCAGAAAUGUUUUAUUGAAGCACAGAGCAAGCGUCUUCAUGAAGCCAGAAGAACUGAAGACAAAAUAGUGAGACAAUCAGAGCAAAUGGGACAACAUCAAGAUUUACACCAGAAAAGUGCACAGUCUCAAAAACGCAAAUGUGCUAAAGCUUCAUGUAGAAAUAAUUUAGCUUCCCGGAGUGCAGAAGUAUGUCAAGAGUGCUUGCGUGUCAGCCAACGGAGACUGUCUGGAACACCUCAGGUUGAACCUUCAGCCGAUGAACUUCCCAAACAGCGCUGCCGAGCCCCUGCCUGUGAUCACUAUGGUAAUAACAAGUGCAAUGGCUAUUGCAACGAGUGCUAUCAGUUCAAACAAAUAUAUGGAUAGCAAAUGCCUUUUUCUUUUUUUACCUUGCAAAAGAAAAAGAAAAAAAAAUGAAUGGUGCUAUGUUCAAAACACUUAAUUGUCUUGCUAUCCACUUGAUCUUCUUCAGUCUUGUGAAAAAAGUGACUUUGGAAGGAAAACAAUAAGCUGAUUUCUUUUGUUCAUAUGUAGAUAACACACAUGUAUGUAUGUAUAUGUAUAUGCAGAACUACACAGAUCCAGAACGUUAAUCCUGGGAGGAGAAAAAGAGGUUGCUUCCAGCACGGGUGGUGAAUGACAAGACAUUUUAUACUUGACUACAAAACCUCUUUUCUCCAAAAUAUUUUGGAUUAUGUUUGGUAUUGAACAUGUACUUGUAUGAGAAAAAUAGAUAAUGCUGCUCUUUGCAUGCUUUUCUGCUAAUAUAUCUCUUGCAUUCUGUCUAAAUUGUGAGCAUUCUGUGUAUAAUGAAAUCAGCCAAAAUUUUGAAAUGAACACUUUUCUACAACAGUCAUCCAAAUUAUGUGUAUGUUUGCUCUGAAAAUGCUGAUACGGUAGAGCUAAAAUUGAACAAAAUAUAAGGAAGUUGUGGGAGAACUUUUUAACGUUUUUGCUUGCUUGUCCUUUUUUUAAGUUGUUGGCUGCAGCUACGUUUGUUUUAUGUAUGGUUUUUUUUCCUUUUUGGCAGUGUUUCUAAAUGAAAGUUUUAUGCACGUAGAGCAGCUAUAAACCCAUAAAAUUUGUCCUUGGAACAGCUGACUGAUGUUUUUCCAUUGACUACACUGUGUGGUUUGAAUGAGGGUGUAGUUGGUAAACCUUUUGUAAUUUAGAAUAUGAAAGAACAUAGGUGUUUUUAAGUGUAACAUUUGAGAAGGGAAAGUGGGGGAGGGAGAUCAUGAGAAAAAUAAAGGUUCCUAAAUAUUCAUGUGUAUUGGUUGACAGGGAAGCAUACUGACAGAUCAGAAAGAACCUACUCUGUGUUUAUUGAGAAAAAAAGACCAACGGUCUUUUUUUUUUUACAAUACAGUCUUCCUGUAUUGUAAAUGACAUAACAAAUCUGCUUUCUCUUCAUGUCUGGCCUCUACUACUUAAUCAAAGGUUUGCUGAACUGUUAAGAAUCCUUUAGGAAUUUACUAAGGAAUAAAGGGGGAUCUUCUGUGGGUCUCUGUCCUUACACUUAAGUCUUAACUUCUGGGCUAUGAGGAUCCCAAAGGAGAUAGGCUCGUUUUUUCUUUUGUUUUUUUUCCCCCACAUUCCCACAUCCCUACAAUCCUCAGUUGUAUCUGACUGCUGAUAUCUCUAAUAGUGAAGGGGUGGAAAA